AUGAAUAGCUUUCCACUGACAACUUUGUAUGAAUUGAAGGACAUUGGAACUUUACAGGAAAUGUCGAUGCUAGAUCAAUUGGAAGAAAUGGGUUUUCCCCAUGAUAUUGCCGAAAAAGCGCUACGAGAAACUGGUGAAACUGGACUGAUUGAGGCAGUGGAAUGGAUUGAGACUCAUCAGAAAGAUAGUGAUACAAAUCCGCCGAAACCUGCCCAACCACAACCACCGGAAGAGGAAAAUUCGAUCGUAGAAUUUGCUGAAGAGGAGGAACCAUCGAAGCCAUCUUCUACUGAAGUGCCACAAGCAAUGUCUUUCAAAUGCGAUGUGUGUGGGAAACAUUUGGCCGAUGACCAGGCUGUUAUGUUCCAUGCAGCACGUACGAAACAUGAAGCGUUUAGCGAAUCAACGGAAACUGUGAAGCCAUUGACAGAAGAAGAGAAGAAAGAAAGAUUGGCAGCACUGCAGAAUAAAUUGAAGGAAGCAAGAGCAAAAAAGGAGGACGAAGAAAGGAAGGAAACGCUAGAGAAAGAAAAACGACGUCGUCUAGAAGGAAAAUCAAUGGCAAAAGUGGAGGAAGAAAGGAAAGAAAUGGAAAUGAAGAAAAUGUUGGAAGAAAAGAAACGCGAAAAGCGUGAAGAAAUAGAGGCACGUAAACGUGUUUUGGAACAAAUUCGUUUGGAUCGAGAAGCUCGUAAGUUAAAUGAACAAUUACGGCUGCAGUCGACGGCAGUGCCAGUUAAUACGCCAUUAUCCGCUGUAAAUAAAAUAUCUCCAAUAAAGGAUGAUGGUUAUUGUCAAAUACAAGUACGAUUACUUGAUGGUUCAAUCAUAAAGGAGAAGUUUAAAUCAGAUGAACCAUUAUCUCAUGUACGUUUAUGGGUAGAAAUGCACGACAAGGAUACAAUGGAUGGUAUACCCUUUACUCUUAUGACUCCGUUCCCUCGUAAAAUAUUUACCGAUGAAGAUAUGGAGGCACCUAUCAAAGUUCUCGGACUGGUGCCCUCUGCAAAUAUGGUUGUUACGCGCGCUAUCCACUAG